UCAACAUUAUUGACUCAUUAGUUUUACUUUUUUUACUUCUUCACUACAAUCUACUUUAUCCCCUUUCCCUUUAAUCAAUUAAUUGUCUGCAUGGAUUUAAUUGUAUCUAAAUUACGUUCUACUGUUUCUACUACAGUGUCAAACAUAAAUAACAUAUUACCUGGUAAUCCGGUUACUAGAGACUAUGAGAUUACUGGCCAUAAAGCUUCAGGUGGACCAGGUUUAUCUUGGAAAAUAUACUCUGGUUUCAAGAAGAGCACCAAAGAAGAGGCAUCGAUAUUUGUUUUAGAGAAAAAAAUAUUGGAUAAAUACAGUCGCCGGGAUAAAGAAUUAGUUUUGGAUAUUCUUCGUAAAGGUGUUUCUCAGUUGACUAAAAUAAGGCAUCCAUCGAUUUUAACAGUUCAGCACCCUUUGGAAGAAAGUCGUGAUUCAUUAGCAUUUGCUACUGAACCUGUUUUAGCUUCCUUAGCCAACUUAUAUGGGCAAUAUGAUAAUAUUGAAUCUCCUGUUCCUCCCGAGAUUCGCUCUUAUGAAUUCUUUGAAGUUGAAAUAACUUACGGAUUGUUACAAUUGUCAGAAGGUUUGGCCUUUCUUCACAGUGAUGCUAAAUUAUUGCAUCGCAAUAUAUCUCCGGAAAAUGUAUUUGUUAAUCGUAAGGGUUCUUGGAAACUGGGAGGUUUCGACUUUGCUGUACAACCCAUUGACCCUAAUGAAUUUCCAUUGAAAUUUCCAUUUCUCAACAUUACAAACAAUGCUACUGAUUAUCCUUCUUUGGCUUUACCAAACCUUGAUUACAUUGCACCAGAAUAUAUUACCUGCAUUUCAUCUGGUACUAGUGAUCCAUGCCUUAUUUUGGGAGCAGAUAUGUUUUCAUUAGGAUGUCUCAUUUAUUAUAUUUACAAUAAGGGCAAGCCUCUUCUUCCCACGGCUGGCAAUAUUAAUUCAAUGACAACCUCUCGUAUUGAUCGAUUCGCAAAGCUUCCUUCUGAAACUUUUAAUUCAAUUCCCAAUGAUCUGCAACGGCAUAUUUCUUCUCUUUUAUACGUCGAUCCAACAUUGAGGCCUGAUGCUCAUAGGUUUUGUAAAAUUGAACUAUUUGAUGAUGUAGCGGUUCGUACGCUUCAAUAUUUAGAUUCGUUAUUUCAGUUUGAUAAUCUUGAGCGAUCUAAAUUCUACAAAGGAUUGCCCGAGAUAAUGACAAAAAUGCCUAAAAGAAUUAAAUUAGACCGAGUUUUUAACUGUUUAGUUAAAGAGUUCUUAAACUCUGAUAUGGUGCCAUUUGUCAUUCCGAAUGUUUUCCUCAUAGCGGAAGAGUUAUCUAGUGAGGAAUUUGUUGAAUCCAUGUUGCCACAUUUGGUUCAAGUAUUGCAAAUGAAAGAACCGAUUCAAAUUCCGAUGUUAUUAAUGGAAAAUAUGGAAUUACUUUUGAAUAAGUGUAAAUCUCAUCAAGAUUCAAUUAAAAGUCACAUCCUUCCAAUGCUUUGUUGCUGCCUGGAAAACAAUUCAACAGAAGUACCAGAAUUAUGUUUGAAAACUCUACCGACAGUCGCUCAUCUUAUUGAUCAAAAUUCAAUGAAAAAUGCCAUCAUUCCUAGGAUCAAAAAACUUUUCAACAACACGAAUCAAUUGUCAACACGUGUCAACUCACUGAUCUGUAUAGCCAAAUUAUUACAGUAUUUACACAAAUGGCUAGUAUUAGAUGAUAUAAUACCAUUUUUAACGACCAUCACAUCAAAAGAACCAGCUAUCAUCAUGGCAAUCAUUGGUAUCCUCAAAAUGGUUUUAAAUAACAGUAAAUUAGGAUUAACUAAAGAAAUAAUGGCUACCAAAGUCAUACCAUUUCUGAUGCCUUUGUCAAUUGAAAAUGGUUUGACAACCAAUCAAUUUAUCCAGAUUUUAUCUCUUAUUCGUGAAAUGGUAACUUUAGUUGAAAAAGAACAAAAAAGUAAAUUGGAACAAUUGGACAAUAUGAGGAGUCAACGAGACAGUGCAUUAGUUAAAUACACAGCCAAAGAUUCUUCGACACCAUCAUCAAUUUUACCUUUACCUUCAUCAUCAUCACAUGUUUCAUCUAAACCAGAAACUGAGUUUGAUUUCUUUGCUAAAUUACCUAUGACUUCUCCUUCAGAAGAAAUCAAGAAAACAUUACCUUCAACGACCACUAAUGUCUCUUCAAGUUCAAUCAAGGAACCCAGAGCAAUUGAAUAUCCGAACCAGAGUUUGACAUCUUCUUCAUCUGAAUCAUUCCAAACUUUACUUGCAGCUAAUAUUUCAUCUAACACAUCUUCGAUCUCCCCUCAAUCAAAACCAAAGGAUCUCACUUCAAAUCUUAUUGAUGCCAAUAUAAGAAACAUGUCACACAAUUCAAUGGUCAAUAAAAAUACUACAAAUUCGUCAAAUUUCAUGACCAAUGGGACGGCCUCAACAUCGGCAGCAAUUGGUUUAUGGAGUAGCAGUCAACCUUCAACCAAUAUAAAUACGUAUACCAAUAAUCCAUCAAAUUACUCUCUUCAAAACGCUUCACCAGCUCUUCUCCAAUCAAGAUCACCAGCAUUUCAAAAUUCAUAUUCAACUAUUGCUCCUUCCACUAGCAUGAUAUCUCCAAACAAUCUCUCCAGACCAACUUUUAAUACAUCUCCACUAGAUAAAUUAACCAUACCCGGACUUAAACACAACAAUUCUGGUCCAUCCCUUAAUUCAAUGAUUAGUCAUACACCUUUGAUACCAUUGUCAUCCAAUUUACCUACUGCUAAUGAAAAUAGUGGCCAAGGUAUCAACAAACUAUCAGAAAGUGAUUUGAAAGAAUUUUUAAGCUGAAGAUAAAUCAUUUUCUUUAGCCAAAAAAAAGAGAUUAAUUAUUACAAAGAUAUUAUGUAUCCGUGAAAUUAGCAUAUAUUUGUAAUUACUAUAUUAAUAUUCGUUGUUUUACCUUAAUUGUAAUGUUGAUGUCGUAUCUAUUAUACAAUCGACAAUGUCGAUCACUUCAAAUAAAUUGAAGUUAAAU